AUGGACUCCCCAACAGUCGAGCUCCGCUCUGCUCUUGCAUCACUGUUUGAAUGCGGCAAGUACUCAGAUCUGACCAUUGUCUGUGGAAGCAAAAGAUACCCAGUACACCGCGCACUCCUUGCAACUCGCUCGAAAUUCUUUGAGGGAGCAUGCCGCGGCGGCUUCCAAGAAUCGUUAACAGGCGUAAUCGACUUGACAGAAGAUGAUGCUGAAGCUGUCGAGCAUAUGGUUCAUUACCUCUACCACCUGGACUACCUUAACAAGCCCCUGUCACGCCAGAGCUCGCAACGAUCGACUCGUCCUGGUUCCCCACCUGCAAUGACGUCGCGCUUUUCGAGACCCAAUCCACCCAAGAAGCUGAACCUCGCCUUCAUGGAAGAUCCGCUACUCGCACAAGCGUCCGCAGCCAGCCCGUUGAUGCCGCUCACCCCCCCUUCUGAGGAGUCCUUGUUCCAGCCUCUCGAUGCUUCGCUGAAGCUUCCCGAUACGCCCAUGGCCGAUCAAUUUGCAGACGACCUCAUCGAGAGCGUGACCUUAGAGCCUGAGGUCGACGCAGAGAGCGCUCAUCUGGUCACCCACGCUAAGGUGUACGCGAUUGCAGAGAAAUACGGCAUUGCUGGUCUAAAAUCCCUCGCGCGCAGCAAGUUCUCCUAUCAGAUCUCCACGCAUUUGGAAAGCCCUGAGUUUGCAGACGCCUGCCAAGAGGCUUAUGAGACAACCUUCCACACCGAUCGCGGCCUGCGGGACGUUAUCAUCCAAACCUUCCGCGCCAACCCCGAUUUAUCCAUGCGUGCAGACGUCGAAACGAUGGUCCGCGAGACAUCAUGUCUCGCCUUCGAGCUCUUCCGCAUGGCCAGCGGUCUUCCCGUCUCGUCAUGA